GUACUCCGGGUGUUGGGAAAACCACACUCGGAAAAGAACUUGCAUCAAGAGCCGGGAUGACCUAUAUUAAUGUGGGUGACAUGGCAAAAGAAGGAGAACUGUAUGAAGGUUUUGAUGAUGAAUAUGAUUGUCCGAUUUUGGAUGAAGACAGGGUAAUUGAUGAACUGGAAGAUAAAAUGAGUGAGGGUGGAGUUAUUGUUGACUAUCAUGGCUGUGAUUUUUUCCCUGAACGGUGGUUUCAUAUAGUAUUUGUACUUCGUACAGAAAAUUCAUUUCUAUAUGACAGACUUGAAAACAGGGGCUACAAAGGGAAAAAGCUGCAAGACAACAUUCAGUGUGAAAUUUUUCAGACACUUUAUGAGGAAGCUAUGUUGUCAUAUAGAGAGGAAAUUGUACACCAGUUACUCAGCAACACUCCAGAGGACCUAGAGAGAAAUUUGGACCAGAUUAUGCAAUGGAUUGAGCAAUGGAUGAAGGACAACAAUUGA